GUCGCUACACGUUUGCAUAGUUUAACACGUAGAAGUUUCAUGCUGCCCGAGGAAGAGUAGGAGGGAAUACUCUCGAGCAAGUGGACGCGCGCGCGAACACACUCACACUCUCUGUCUCGCUCUUUGGGCACGCAUCGAUUCCACGCCCCUCGCUUCUUCUUUCCUUCUCUGUUUUUGAAGAGCACCUUUUUUUUUUUUCAUUGCUUGCCCCCGUUUCCACUCUGAAUCCCCGGAAGAUGUUCGUCUUGUGGUCUGCUUUCGCUUUUCGACUGGGUUUCUUGAUUGAUGCGGUGGCUGAUUUCUUAGGGAUUUCCAGUUCUUAGAGUUUCUUUCUUUCUUUCUCUCGCGAUUGGAACUUACAGGUUUGCUUUGCAAGGAAGAAAGCUCCCUUCUCUGUUUGGAUUGAUUGGCGAAUCAAAGAUUUCUUUCCGAAUCGGAGUCGGAAACUUUCACCUUCUUCCCUUAGAUCUAUAUUCUUGUUCCAGACUUGGAUGCAUUUAUUUUAACGAUGAAUUUUGCUGUAGUGUAACACUGAACAAGGAAGGAUAGUGGAGACAUGGGCUGUGUCUGUUGCCGUUUGGAUGGGGAUAACUUGACUCAGCUAUUUGAAGAUGUGUUUGAUUCAUUGUUUCAGAGGCGAGAACGAGUUGCUCCUUCAGAUGUGCAGGGGGCAGUUCCUCCAACUCCUACGUCUCCGGUAGGAGUUGAUACAGACUUUUCUUUUCCAAGGCCGUUGUCAUACGAUGAUCCCAGACUCACUCAGUCGCAGUGCCAGAAUAAUGGACUUGUGUUAGGGUGUGCCGAGGUUCCAACACAUCUUCAUAAAAAAUCUGAACCACUCAGAUCUGAAAAUGUUACAGACGCAGAAUCAACAGACAGAAAGGAGAAUAUUGAUGGAUCCAAGGCAUGUUUUUCUGAGAGUUCACUGAAGCUGCAAUCAGCACAAAUGACAGUGGGAAGUUCACUAUCUGAGGAUGAAGAUGUGUGUCCAAUAUGCCUUGAGGAGUACACACAUGAAAAUCCAAGGGUUGAUAUGCAGUGCGCUCAUCAGUACCACCUCGGCUGUAUAUAUGAAUGGAUGGAGAGAAGUCAAAACUGUCCAUUCUGUAGCAAGAUAAUGCUUUUUAGCGAAGAAACAUGAUCACGUCUGUCUCACGGGUCUCCCUGUGGAGGUUAAUACUCGAAGCUGCAAAUUUCCUGUGAAUGCGAGUUUUGAAGCUGCAGAUGAAAGAUUGUUUCCAUUUGGAUAAGCUUUGCCCCGUGGUUUCUUUACUUCUCUUAAUUUUCUAUUUUCUUUGUCGGUCACUUUCUGAGACAAAACCUUCUUCCAGAAAGUCAACUGAUAUCACAUAUAGAAUUGCGGAUAUGUUGAUCGUAUAUUUACUCCAUUAUGCUUUGUUAA